AUGAACAAAAAAAAAUUAAAAUUCCAAAAAAGGUAUGAUGAACUACUAUCAAGAUAUUAUUUGACUUAUCCAUCCAUAAUCAAUGUACCAUUUGAGCUUGGUGGAUUUCUCAAAGGACCAGAAGAUCCUCACGUAAUUUUAAAAAAAAAGAAAAAAUAUGAAGAGCCCAUCAUCAUUUUCAAUAUGCAUGCUAGUGAAGACGGUAAAAGAAGAAUCUAUGCAUUCCAUCCACACAGAAAAAUUGAUCCUUUAGUGAAAUUUUCUAUUGAAGACCGUAAAGUAAGACAUAAAGAAAAAAAUUGGGCACCAUUUUUCUCAUACCAUGACGAAAGUGAGAAUAGUGUUUUUUCUAGAGGUUUCAUCCAUUUCAUCUAUACGUAUGCACCAUUAGAAAUUCUAAAAUGUUCAUUAAAUGAUCGUAUAUGUGAAAUGGUAUUUGAAGCCUCUACCAUUGAAGCUUCGGAUAAAAACAAGUAUGGUGAUAUGAGAGGUGGUACACAAUUUGUUAAAUUACCUACUGAUAUUCCUCAAGUGAACGGUAAGCAAAUGUGGCUCGGCUUCCCCAAAUCUCACUCCUCGGGCUGUGGUUGUGGACGUCAUUACUAUAGGCCGAUGCUAAGUUUAUUAGUUGAGACUCACGGAGCUUAUCAUCUAGAAUUAGUAGUCCCAACUAUGGACUUCGAGAGAGAUGUUCUGUCUUGGGAUUUGAAAGGAAGUUAUUGUGAGGGUGUUAGUAUAAUGAGUCCUAAUUCGAUAGCCUACUGGGAAGUUGUUGAGCAAGACGUUGAAAAUGAAAAAUUCGAUGAUUAUUUAGGCUUCACAUUCAGUGAAUCUGAUGCCACUACUAAAGUGGUUGUUUUGAAAAACGUUUUGAAUUACAUUUUGGAUAUUUAUAAGGAAAAGAGGAUAAGAGAUCAUUUUGAGAUUAGCAAAGAGUCUGAUAAUAUUAUUGGAAAUACAUUGCAAUGUGUGAAGGAUAAACUAUGGGAUGACUGUGCGAAAUAUGAUAAGACCCACAAAAAAGGCUGA